AUGAAGCCAUAUAAGUGCUCCGGUCUGGGCGAGCGUCACAUGCAAAUGUUUUUGCUCUUCUGCGGCCUGAUGGUUGCCUUUGCCAUGCGAGUUAACCUGUCCGUGGCAAUUGUGGCCAUGACUGAACUGCCUGAAUACCACUGGACCGAACAAACAAAGUCUUUGGUGCUGAGCAGCUUCUUCUGGGGCUAUGUGAUGACCCAAGUGCCCGCUGGUCUUCUGGCACGCAAGUUUGGCGCCAAGGCUACGAUCGUCUCAGGUUUGUCCAUCUGCUCCGUGCUGAAUGUUUUGACACCACUUUGCGCCAGAUUGGGAGGCUGGCAGGUGCUUUGUGGCGUGCGUUUGCUUGAGGGCAUAUGUCAAGGUGUGCUUUACCCAUCUUACCAUACUUUGAUAUCAUCUUGGGUGCAGCCAUCUGAACGAGCUUCGCUGGGCACCUAUGCCUAUAUGGGCGCACAGUUUGGAACUAUUGUAAUGCUGGCCACUAGCGGCAUGCUAGCUUCCAUGGCUGGCUGGCCCAGCAUCUUUUACAUAUCCGGUGGUGUGGGUUGUGUCUGGGUAGUGGGCUACUACCUGAGAGGAGCCAGCUCGCCAGGCGCUUCAAAGAACAUCUCAGAUGAAGAAAAGCAGCUGAUUGAGAUGGCGCAGGCCAAAGAGGUGGACAGUAAGCCAGAGCAGCCAAAGGAGAGCCUACCCACGCCUUGGGUGAGCUUCUUUACAUCGCCGGCAUUCCUGGCGCUGACAGCUGCGCAUUGCGCUUCAACCUGGGGCUUUUGGACGCUUUUGACACAGAUUCCGAGCUACAUGAAGAAUGUUCUCGGCAAGGAUAUCAAGGCUAAUGCGUUGCUCUCCUCCCUUCCUUAUACCGUGAUGCUGCUGCUCAGCUGGUUUUUUGUCUGGCUCUCAAAGGUUUUGCAGAGAAAGUCAGUCUCCCUGGUCUUUAGCCGCAAGUUCUUCAACACAAUUGGCCAAUUCAUUCCAAUGUUCCUGCUUGUUGCCCUGGGCUACGUGAAGCAGGAGCAAGAUACCCUUGCUGUGCUCCUGCUGUCACUCACUGUCGGCAUUAGCUCGGGUGCUCAGCUGGGCUUUGUUAUAAAUCACAUUGAUCUCUCCCCGAAUUUCGCCGGCGUUCUAAUGGGCAUUAGUAAUGGAAUUGCUAAUGUCAUGAGCAUCAUUGGACCACUGUUAGUGGGCAUUAUUGUUACCAAUGAGCACGAUGCCAGCCAGUGGCGCAUUGUUUUCUUUAUUGCCGCUGGUUUCUAUUUGGUGGGCAAUGGUCUUUUCUUAAUCUUUGGACGUGCGGAUAUCCAGGAGUGGAACGAUCCUACAGCCAAGGUGCGUCGCAGCUCUACGCCACAGUUGGAGUCACAGAACAUGGCAGAGAGAGACUGUUAGUCAUCCGG